GCUGACUAAAUACUUUUUUGCCCCACUGUAUACUUUGAAGAUGGCAAAGGGAUUUACAGAUCGACCCUGGGACACGAUGAGCAGGAGAUGUUGGAGGUGUUCAAUGCCGAAUUGGGGAGGAGAUAGAUAUGGAACCAUCCAGAGGGUCAGAUUCUCUCCCACAGAGACCAUGCUGGCCAUCACUGUAAAGAAAGACCAUCACGAGGAGACCAGAUGUGUGUUGGUUCAUUUAGGUGGUGUCAUCCUUUGUCAAAAGGCCCUGCUGCUUUUAGACAAUGUGCUCAGCUUUGAAUGGGCCACAGAUGAUGUCCUCUACUACAGCACACAGGAGACUCUUCGGUGCCUGUGUGUUUUCCGUCUUCAUCUCAGUGAUUCUGGUGUCCAAACCAGCUUGUUUAUGAAGAAAAGGAUCCAGAGUAAGUGUCUAAUUGUUAUGCCUGUUCCUCAGGUUCUUUGUGGAGGUCAGUCAUUCCAGAGACCAGAGGCUGGUAACCAUUAACUGUAGCAGUAAGAUCAGUUCAGAGGUGUGGUUUUUUGACAGCAAGACUCCAUUCUCAUUCCCCACCAGUCCCGUCAGCAUGGACUGCUUUACCCUGUAGGUAAUCUACUUGUUCAUCCUUGCUAACACUGGAGCAAACCAGGAGUAUCAGGUAAGAGUAUCAGUAUCAGACUUGAGCAGUAUUGUUAUAUUGUAGUAUUGUAGUAAUUAUAGGGCACCUUUAACCUCGCCAUCAAUGCCACACUGGGUGCCAUUGUUCAGUGCUGAUCCUGGAACAGUCAUUAAAGAUAUGGAGCUGCUUCAGGAUCACUGUGUGUUCACAGUGAAAGAUUCACAGUGUUGACUUCAGAUCCAGACUCUUACCACACAAGAGCCCUAUCAGUUAAACACUCACCAGGUGUGAAGAAGAAUCACAAAUUCACAUACAAAACAGCCUAGAGUGUGUUUUUAAUGAUGCUGAGUUAAAGAGACAGGUUUUAUUUAGAUUUUAGGUGUGUUUUACUGGAUAUAUGACAUUUUAAUUUAUACAUUUGCUCAUAUGGGGUCCUAGAGACCGCAAUGAUGUAUAUAUACAUUUCCAUUCAAAAUUUUGGGGUUAGUAAGUUGUUUUUUUCCAUUACUUUCAGCAAGGAAGUUUUGAAUUGAUUGAAAGUGACCG